AUGAAAAUUAUAAUUUUUCUUGGACUCCUGGGAGCCACAAUGCCAGCCCCGCUUAUUCCACAGCGCCUUCUAUCUGCAAGUCACAGUCAUGAGUUACUUCUGAAUCUUAAUAAUGGCCAACUUCUGCCACUACAAUUUCAGGGCCCAUUUAAUUCAUGGAUUCCUUCUUUCUCUGGGGUUCCCCAACAGCAGCAGCAGACUCGGAAUCCAAGCCUCUCUCAAUUCUCAGCAACGAAUCUAGAACGAUUUGUUAAACCAUUCCCAAAUCAGGUACCUUCACCAGGACAGGUGGGAAAUUCCCGAGGAACCCAGGUGGGUCCGCUGGAGCUGUCAAAGCCUCAAACACCAUCUCAGACCCAACAAAACCCUAAUCACGUGUUGCCCUAUAUAUUCCCUUUCAAAAUGCCUCAAGAGCAAACACAGAUGCUUCAGUACUAUCCAAUUUACAUGUUCCUACCCUGGGAACAAACUGCCACCCAAUCACCUGCACCAACAGGACAACAGCAAUAUGAAGAGCAGAUGCCAAUCUAUACUCAAAUUGGAUAUAUUCCACAAUUAGCAGAACCUGUGGUCCCUGGAGGACAGCAACAAAUCACUUUUGACCCAGUCAUAAUCAGUGUUCCUGAAACUGCAGCAGUGCCAGCAGGAGGAGUGAUGCCAUACUUUCAAAACGAAAUGAUAGACUUUAAGCAUGCCAGUGCAGGAAUUGCCAUUCCUUCAACUUCACCAAAACCCAGCACAACAAAUUUUUUUGCUCCUGUCAUAGACCCAACUAUUACCCCAGAGCUCAUGGAAGAGAAGACUUCUGGGAUAUUUCGGAACAAGAUGAAAGUCCUCCUUCUAUUUAUGGCCAUCUUGGCCAUAACUGUUGGUUUCCCAAAUCUUGCCUUUCCCCCUUAA